AUGGUUGUUGUUGAGAAUGAAGAAGAAGAGAUAGUAAUAGAGGAAGAAGCACCUGAUGAAGGGGAAAAGUCAAUGAGCUUGGAGAGAACAGAAUGUGAGGAAGCUUUGAGAGAAGAGGAAGAACGGUUUCUUGAGACGGUUUUGAGAAGGGAAGAUGAUAGUUUGAGUGAUUUGAUGUGGAACGCAAAAUGUGCACAAACGUUUCUCCGUUGGGAUCUGGAAGCUGCCAGAAACGGCGUAGAAACACUGAAAGGAGAAUGCAGCACUAUCUUAGAGUGCAAGGUGCCGAAAAAAGAAGCUGACCCCAGAAGUUUCACCAUUCCAGUCAAAUUUGGUGAAGUCUUGGUUAAUAAAGCACUUGUUGAUUUGGGAGCUAGUCUAGCCGAUAGAUCAGUAAGGUUUCCAGUUGGAGUUGUUGAAGAUAUGCCAGUUCAAAUAGGGAAGUUUUAUGUCCCUUGUGAUUUUGUGAUUAUGGAUAUUGUUGAAGAUGAUGUCAUACCUAUCAUUCUUGGGAGAGAUUUUUUGAUGACAGCACGGGCUAUUUUUGAUGUGUUUGAUGCCAAGCUUACAUUUAACAUCUUAGGGGAAGACGUUGAGUUUCAUCUUCCAUCAAUAAUGAAAGGACCCGCUGAUGAAUCACUGUGCAGAGCAGAAGUGGCAAGGGUUGAGAUUAUGCAUCCACAGUAUGAUGACCCUUUGAGAUCAAUCUUAGAAGGAGUUAAGGAUGGAAGGCGCUCAGAAGCCGCAAGUUUGAAGAAGCUGUUAGAUGAACCAGAUUUCUAUAUGGAACCAAUGAUGGAGACCGUUUUGGAGGCUUCUGUGACGGCUAAAUAG